ACAAAGAGGUUAUGAGUUAUGACUUAUGUCAUCCCUAAUAUUUAAAACAAAAUAAUCAUCACCAAUCACCUUCUUCCUUACAAAUUCGUCAGCUAUGACUUCAAAUUGGACGUUUAUCACCAAAGAUUCUCAGAUUCAUCGAAGCUCAGUCAUCCACUUCAUCAAACAUCAUAUACUCCCUUCUCCAGUGAAGUGAAGGAGAGGGAGACGAUGAAAGACUUUGUAGAAGAAGAUGAAAUCACAUCUCCACUUCUUUUGAAGAACACCCAAAUCGAUGGAUCCACCUCCACCUCCGCCGCGCCGGAGGAGAACUCGCCGAUAGAGCAAGUUGCUCUCACGGUUCCGGUGACAGACGACCCGAGUUUACCGGUGGUUACGUUCAGGAUGUGGACGCUCGGGACAGUCGCCUGCGUGCUACUUUCUUUCCUCAAUCAAUUCUUCUGGUAUCGCCGUGAGCCUCUCUCGAUAACCUCGAUUUCAGCUCAGAUCGCCGUCGUCCCUCUUGGCCACCUCAUGGCGGCGACCAUUACUGAUAGGGUUUUCUUCCAGGGAAAGAAGUACGAAUUCUCACUCAACCCCGGACCUUUCAAUGUGAAAGAACAUGUGUUGAUCACGAUCUUCGCCAACUCCGGCGCCGGAAAUCCUUACGCGAUUCAUAUUGUGAGCGCCGUGAAGAUAUUUUACGGCAAGACGUUGACUUUUUGGGUGUCGUUGAUUGUGGUGGUGACGACGCAGGUAUUGGGGUUUGGUUGGGCCGGGAUCUUCCGUCGGUAUUUGGUGGAGCCGGCCGCCAUGUGGUGGCCUCAAAAUCUUGUCCAAGUUUCCCUCUUCAGGGCGUUACAUGAGAGAGAGAAGAGGCCAAAGGGUGGGUUAACUCGCAAUGAGUUUUUCCUAAUUGCCUUCAUUUGCAGUUUUGCUUACUACGUCCUCCCAGGAUACCUUUUCCCAAUGCUUUCCUCCCUUUCAUGGAUAUGUUGGAUCUACCCGAAAUCCGUAUUAGCCCAACAAAUCGGGUCGGGCCUCCAUGGGCUUGGUGUGGGUGCCAUCGGGUUCGACUGGUCCAGUAUCUCCUCUUACCUCGGUAGCCCACUGGCUAGCCCAUGGUUCGCCACUGCCAACAUUGCUGUUGGCUAUGGUCUAGUCACCUAUGUCAUAACCCCUCUUGCAUACUGGUUCAAUGUCUAUGAAGCAAAACGGUUCCCAAUCUUCUCAGAUGACCUCUUCACCUCAACCGGUCAACCCUACAACACCUCAGCCAUUAUUGACUCAAAUUUCCACUUUGACUCAGUUGCUUAUGAGCAAGAAGGUCAAAUUUAUCUUAGCAUCUUCUUCACCAUGGCUUAUGCUGUUAGCUUUGCGUGUCUCACUGCUACUGUGGUCCAUGUGUUGGUGUUUCAUGGGAGAGAAAUAUGGGAUCUAAGUAAGUCGGCAUUUCAAGAAAAGAAUAUGGACGUGCAUAGUAGGCUUAUGAGACGAUAUAAACAAGUGCCACAGUGGUGGUUCACUUGUAUUCUGUUGACAAAUAUUGUAGCAACGUUAUUCGUAUGUGAAUAUUAUAAAACUCAACUUCAAUUACCAUGGUGGGCGUUCUUGUUGGCAUGUGGACUUUCGUUUUUUUUCACACUUCCUAUAGGUGUCAUCACUGCCACAACAAACCAGACACCGGGGUUGAAUGUGAUUACGGAGUACAUCAUAGGAUACUUGUACCCAGGAUACCCUGUGGCCAACAUGUGUUUUAAGGUUUACGGAUACAUUAGUGUGAAACAAGGGAUCGCGUUUUUACAUGACUUCAAACUCGGACAUUACAUGAAGAUCCCUCCAAGAUCAAUGUUCAUGGCUCAGAUAUGCGGGACACUGAUAUCAGCACUGGUGCACUUAGGAACCGCAUGGUGGCUAAUGGACACAGUCCCAAACAUAUGUGAAAGAGCCUUGCUGCCCCCGGGCAGCCCAUGGACCUGCCCGGGUGACCAUGUCUUUUAUGACGCCUCAGUCAUAUGGGGUCUAAUUGGUCCCCAAAGAAUCUUUGGUAAUCUAGGCUACUACAACUCCAUAAACUGGUUCUUUUUAGCAGGAGCAAUUGCUCCUAUUCUAGUUUGGCUCUUACACAAGGCUUUUCCUACUCAAAACUGGAUUAAACUCAUCACAACACCAGUUUUAUUAGGUGCAACAAUUAACAUGCCUCCUGCCACUUCUGUGAACUACAACAGUUGGAUUAUUAUUGGUUUUUUAUCGGGAUUUGUUGCCUAUAGAUACCAUCAUAACUGGUGGGGCCGACAUAAUUAUGUGUUGUCAGGGGCUUUAGAUGCAGGAUUGGCGUUUAUGGGGGUGUUGUUGUAUGUUAGUUUGGAUAUGGAGGGAGUUAGUUUAAAUUGGUGGGGAAGUAAACCGGAUGGUUGUUCUUUGGCUUCUUGUCCUGCUGCUAAAGGUAUUGUGGUUGAUGGAUGCCCGAUUGUUUGAUUUUGUAAUAUUAUUGUUGAAGGUGUAUGUAUAGAUUUGUAGAUGUGAUGUUUGUUGCUUUUCAUUUCACUAUUUACAAUAAUGUUGGAGUGUAAAUGUACAUUACAAGAAAAUCUGAAAUAGCUAUGGAUAUUUUUUGGUGGUGUUA